AGUUCUCCGCUAUAAAUUUCUCACGAGCAACUCGCCACUUAAGGUUCCUCCUAGCUCCUCUUCCAGGGAUUGCUCCAGAUGUCUUUCGAGGAAGACCGCAAUGACGGAGACGCGUCCGUUACAGAGAAAUUCAGGGAAUCUAUUUCCAAAUUCACAUUAAUCUCGGCCCCAUGCCAACCACAGUUCGAUUCCGCAGUCGCUACGGUCCAUAGUUCCGAGGUACCAACCUUGCGACGUUCCUUCAGAGUUGCUGCGGCCGUGAAAUCUCGAAAGCCAGAAGUCAAGUGCCACGUCGAUGCCUCGAAUAAUUCAACGUCACCUGGAAAGGGUAAGCGAAAGGCGCCCAACGCAAGUCUGUCCAAGAAUGCCGCCAAAAAACUCAAGCGCGGAUAUGCUCCACCGGAAGCGUAUGCCCAUUUAUCACCCCUCACAGAUUAUCUAGCCUACGGGCUCGACGUCGUUUUCUGUGGAAUCAAUCCCGGUUAUAUGUCCGCCAAGAGAGGACACCACUUUGCCCACCCGUCAAAUCAUUUCUGGAAGUGUCUUCACCAAUCUGGGUUUACACCUAGGCUACUGCCACCCUCGGAGGAUUCUUCCUUACCAAAAACAUUCAACAUUGGUUUAACAGAUCUAGUUGACAGACCAUCAUCGGAGGCAUCAGAACUGUCCUGUUCAGAGCGUGUCUCGUCUGUACCUAUCCUACUCAGCAAGCUCGCACUCCAUCGCCCUAGAUUUCUUUGUCUCGUCGGUAUAUCCAACUGGGAGAUACUCCAAAAGGCGCUUUUGCAGAUGACGACCGGACCAUCCAAGGCCUCUGGAUCGCCAGGCGCGUCAAAAGCAUCCCGGGCAUCAGAGAAGAACGUUGGAUUGCAACCAUUCAAGCUAUGCUAUCCGACUAUCGCAGAUCCUGUCAGCGAUACCUCCUCGAACAUAAGUGAAACGUUAUUAUUCGUGGUUCCUAGUACAUCAGGCCUUGUAACACAAUAUCAGCUCCCUGCUAAAAUCAAGCUUUUUGCUGAGUUGAAGAGUUUGGUUGAUCAGCCGCAAUCAGAAUUGGAUACAUCAGAAAUGAAAUGCAUCGCCGUUUCCGCAUGAUCCAUAAUCUAUGAAAGCCAUCUCGAUGCAUCCGAUCAUCACC